AUGGCAACAACAUCGGAGGAUACAACGAUUACCGUAUUAAAAGAAACCAAAUUAGCUGUUGACAAUGGUUAUUGGCCAUUAUAUAGAUGGAACCCUGAAUUAGAAAAGGAAGGAAAGGAACCUUUCAUCUUGGAUUCUGAACGAAUUAAACAAGAAUUACAAAGUUUCUUGGAUCGAGAAAAUCAUUUGACACAAUUAAUUCGUUCCCGUCCAAAUUAUUCUCCUUUAUUAACAAACUCCCUUGAAUCAGAAGUUAAAUCAAGACAAAAAUCUCUUGCACAAUCAGCUUACGAGAAAUUGUUAGGCGGUUUGACAGGCCCACCAUUAUUGAUCUUAUUUGGAUCAGAUAAUGGUAAUGCUGAAGGCUUGGCAAGAAGGUUACAAAAAGGAGCAAUAGCUAGAGGGGUAAAUGCACGAUGUCUAGCGAUGGAUGAUUUCCCAAUUGAAGAUAUUACUCUAGAAAAGAAUUUGGUGUUUAUUUGUAGUACAGCUGGUCAAGGAGAAUUUCCGCAGAAUGCUCGUGAAUUCUGGAAGCAUGUUUCAACCACUACAGAUAUUUCCUUCACAGAGUCAAGAUAUGCAGUUUUUGGAUUAGGAGAUAGUCAUUAUUGGCCAAGGGAGGAGGACGCGAUUUAUUAUAAUAAACCUGGUAAAGAUUUAGAUGCAAGAAGUUUAUUGGAUACAUUGGCAGCAUGUGGAGACGUCAACAGGAAUGUCAUGUGUAAUCCGAAUCCACUCAUUUCUGAAGUACAUGCGGAAGUACAAGACUUUGCGAAGAAAAUAAGUGCACAUCUAUCACCAAGAACAUCCGCAUAUCAUGAAAUUUGGCUAGACGAUAAGAUGGUAGCAGGACAAGCGGUACAAGACUUUGAACCAUUAUACGGACCUACUUAUUUACCACGUAAAUUCAAGAUCGCGAUCGCGAUUCCUCCUAAUAAUGAUGUUGAUGUAUUUGCACAUGAUCUGGGUUAUAUUGCCAUUUCCGAUGAUAAUGGGAAACUGUUGGGGUAUAAUGUAACAGUUGGAGGCGGAAUGGGAAUGACGCAUAACAACAAGAAAACGUAUCCUAAUUUAGGUCAACUACUCGGAUUUAGUAGACCGGAACAGGCAAUUGAAAUUGGAGAGAAAGUAAUGUUGGUUCAAAGAGAUUUUGGUGAUCGUAUGAAUCGAAAGCAUGCGAGACUCAAGUACACGAUUGAUGACCGUGACUUGGACUGGUUCCGAGACGAAGUUGAAUCCCGAUUAGGAUAUAAAAUGGAUCCACCAAAAGAAUAUAAAUUUGAAAAUAACGCGGAUAGAUAUGGAUGGACGAAAGGCGUUGACGACAAAUGGCAUUUUUGUAUGUACAUAGAAAAUGGACGUGUCGUAGAUUCCCCAGGGGAAGCUAUUAAAUCAGGAUUAAGAGAGAUCGCAAAAGUACAUAAAGGAGACUUUCGUUUGACACCAAAUCAACAUCUUAUAUUAGGAAACAUAUCAGAACAAGAUAAGCCACAAAUUGAAGAAUUAUUAAAGAAGUAUAAAUUGGAUAAUUUGCAAUUUACCGGUUUAAGAUUGAAUUCCAUGUCAUGUGUAGCCUUACCAACAUGUGGAUUAGCCAUGGCAGAAUCCGAAAGAUACUUACCAACGCUUGUUAGUAAAUUAGAAAUCAUUAUUGAAGAAUGUGGAUUAAGAGGAGACGCGAUUACGAUUAGGAUGACAGGAUGUCCCAAUGGAUGUGCAAGGCCCUAUGUAGCAGAAAUUGCUUGCGUAGGUAAGGCAUUGGGAACUUACAACCUUUAUUUAGGUGGAGGAUUCUAUGGGCAGAGGUUAAAUAAAUUAUACAAAGAAAGUUUGAAAGAAGAAGAUAUUUUAGGGGAAUUGAAACCCAUGUUGAGCAGAUAUGCUAAAGAAAGAAACGAUGGAGAGAGAUUUGGUGAUUUUGUUAUUAGGAUGGGAUAUGUUAAAGCUACAAAGUAUGGUAAAGAUUUCCACGAUUUGUAA